AUGGCGCAGUGGAGUUGUUAUGGGGCCCAGGUAUCGCCACAGUCCGGUCUAAAUCAAAGGUCGAACUCUUCAGGGAGUCUCAAGCCCGUUGCAAUCCCAGCUUCCCUUUCCAGCCCUAAGCCGCGCUCCAAACUCCGAGCAUCUUCGGAAAUAAAUGUCAAGCCGGACUCCCACGGCUCCAGGACCUCCACGAGAGGACAAAAGAACCAGACCAAGACUGCAGAGGACGUGAGCCACCGACUGAAGAAAGGCUGGAUCUGGAACCAGUUCUUUGUCCUGGAGGAACACAUCGGACCCGAGCCUCAGUAUGUCGGAAAGCUCCACUCCAACUCUGACAAGGGUGACGGCUCGGUGCGCUACAUCCUGUCUGGAGAGGGGGCCGGGUCGAUCUUCGUCAUUGACGAGUCGACGGGAGACAUCCACACGGCCAAGAGCCUGGACCGUGAGAAGAAGUCCCAGUACGUGCUCCACGCCCGGGCCAUCGACAGGUGGACCAACCGUUCGCUGGAGGCCGAGUCGGAGUUCAUCAUCAAGGUCCAGGAUGUCAAUGACAAUGCGCCAACGUUUCCCAACGGACCGUUCUCAGCCACCGUGCCUGAGAUGUCUGAUGUCGGAACAUCCGUUUUCCAGGUGACAGCCUCAGACGCAGACGACCCGACCUAUGGCAACAGUGCCAAGAUAGUUUACAGCAUCCUGGAGGGGCAGCCCUACUUCUCUGUGGACCCCAAGACCGGCACCAUACGCACUGCCAUGUCCAGCAUGGACCGAGAGAGCAGAGACCGCUACGCUGUGGUCGUCCAGGCCAAAGACAUGGCGGGCUCCGUUGGAGGACUGUCAGGAUCAACUACGAUCAACAUCACCCUGAGUGACGUCAAUGACAACCCUCCAAAGUUUCAGCAGAAGAGCUACCAGCUGUAUGUGCCAGAGCUGGCUCCGGUAGGGAAGGUAGUGGGUCGGAUCCGAGCCAGCGAUGAGGACGAAGGCCAGAACGCCGAGAUGACCUACAGCAUCACCAACGCAGACGCGGCGGCCAUCUUCACCAUCACCACGGACAAAGACCGCAGGGAGGGCAUCAUCUCCCUCAAGCAGCCCCUCAACUACGAGAAGAAGAAAGUUCACACACUCGGCAUCGAAGCCUCCAACACGCACCCGGACCACCGCUUCUCCCACCUGGGGCCGUUCAGGGACUCCACGUCGCUGCGGGUCAUCGUGGGGGACGUGGACGAGCCUCCCGUCUUCUCCAUGGACUACUACAUCAUGGACGUGUACGAGAACUCGCCCGCCGGCACGCAGGUCGGGACCGUGACCGCCGUGGACCCCGACAGCACAAACAGCGCCAUCAGGUACUUCAUCGAAAACGAGGAGGAGCGGCCUUUGUAUUUCACCGUUGACGUCAACAGCGGCGCCAUCAGGACCACUCAGGCGCUGGACCGCGAGGAGUCGGCGUGGCACAACAUCACCGUGAUGGCUGCAGAGGUUGAUAAUCCUCGCAUGGUGGCUCACGUCCCCGUCACUGUCCAGGUCCUGGACGUCAACGACAACGUCCCAUCCAUCUCUGGGAGCAACAGUGCCAUCGUGGUGUGUGAUGGAACCAAGUAUGGACAGGUGAUUCAGACCAUCCACGCAGCUGAUCAGGACAACUUCGCCAACGGAAAGUUCUCCUUUCAUGUGCCAGCUGACUACCAAAUUCACACAAAUUUCUCUGUCAAGGACAACGGCGACAACACAGCCAACAUCGUCUCUCACUGGCGUGAGGCCUUCAGCCGGGACAGGCACCCGGAGUUCUUCGGCCUGGAGGUGGCGGUGGCCGACGGCGGGGAGCCGCCUCUCAGCAGCACUGUCACUCUCUCCCUCAGAGUGUGUGUGUGCCAGAAGACCACCAGGGGGCGCAACAGCUACAACGUGUGCCAGGCUCAAGCCUUCCUGUCCUCCACCGGCCUCAGCACCGGGGCCUUCGUGGCCAUCCUGCUCUGCAUUGUCAUAUUGUUAGCUAUAGUGAUGCUUUUCACUCAACUACGGAACAAGAAAACAAGCAAAGACCCUCUGAUUCUCUCCGAAGAAGACAUCAGAGAAAAUGUGGUGACGUACGAUGACGAGGGCGGCGGGGAGGAGGACACGGAGGCCUUCGACAUCGCCGCACUUCGAAACCCAAAAGCGUCGGAGAUUCGCAGGAAGUUCCACAGCUACGUCGAGCAGGACCUGUACGGCGCCAAGAGCGAGGUGGAGGAGGACGAGGAUGGCAUCGUCAUCAUUCGGAGGAGGAAAUCUCGAGAGGCGAAUUACGAGAGCUACAGUCCGGAGUCGGAACCUGCCUGGUUUGUCAUUGACUGCAUCCCCCGAGAGAUCAGCCAGUCCGCACCCUCGCUUCUGCUGGAUGGUCACGACAUAAUUCAGCAGAUCAUCCAGCAGAAGGUAGCUGAAGCGGACUCGGACACACGGGGCCCACCUUAUGACUCUCUGCAGACGUACGCCUACGAAGGCCUCGGGUCCCUGGCAGGGUCUGUCAGUUCUUUGGGUCUGUCUGCAGCAGUGCCAGAAAUAAACUAUGCUGAUUUGGGAGACUGGGAGCAAGAAAGGCAAACACCGGAAAGAACUGAAGGAGAGCAACAGACUACCAGCCAAGCUAACCCAGACUCCUAAAAAAGAGCAACAGUGGAUGUUUUGUUUUGUUUUUUACUCCUGAGCCAAUUCGAUGAAGUAAAGUGACUUUUUACUUGUGCCAUGUGAACCUAACUGCAGGAGUACUGCAGCAAACGCUGGCAAUUAGAACUGUGAAAUUUAGAGGAUAAGAAAAGCCAUCUAUGUACAGCUGAAUAAUGGCACAAUAUUGCUGUGAUGAUGGACAAGGUGCGGAAGGACAGAAGAUCAGGGUUUGAAAAUGGAAUUCCAGUUUACUUCUCCCCUCUUACUAUGCUUAUUAGGUGUACUUGUUAAAAAAAAAAAGAAA